AUGGGAAUUGUGUUCUCAUCCCUUUUCCUUGCCUGGGACUUGAACAUAAACAUUAUAUAUGGGAUUGAAACUUUCGGAUGGUUUAUGAUUCUAUCCUUUUUAUUAUUCUUAUCCCAUCGUCUUCACCAAACUGAACCUCAAACAUUGGAUUUGUUUAUUGUUGUCAUACUUUUAUGUUCUUAUAUUGCACUUAAGAUAGCAGCUAUCAGUGGCACAAGUAUAAAACUAUUUAGGGCGACAAAUGUCAUAGAGAUACUAGUGGUCAUAUAUAUUACUGGUCGAAUAUUCUGUCGUCAGAGUGAUCAUUUAGUUUGGAAUUUCAUGAGGGGCAUAUUAUUUUGCGCUUUUCGUAUCACAGCCUUUUUUGACCCGAAUAUUGUAUACUAUUUGAUUUUGAUGGCUCUCUCUUUUAUUGUCCUAUUCGAUCCUAAUGCAACCCGCGAUCCCGUAUUAAGAAACAAUUCGAUGGAGACACCUCCUAACGAUCAAGGGGUGAGGGCUUCAGGGAUUACACUUCAAGUGACCUUUACUAGUGUUGAGGUGCGCCAAGUGUAA